AGUCCAUACCCACAUGUUCUCUGACCAACGGGAAUCUCUCUUUCCUCUCUCCGUGUCGGUCCCCGUUGCGCUGUUCUAGAGUUUGAUGCCAUAAAUUAUACGGGAAACCCCCACAUUCUGUCUGCUUUUAUAAGUAACGGUGAACUUGGCCGGCCUAAGGGUUUAUACUGUUCUUCAGAGUAAGGCAAAUGGCUUCUUCUCUAUGGUUCCUGUGCCUCGGCUUCUCGCUUCUCGCCUCGGGAGCAAGGGGCGCCACGCCGAGAAAGCCCGUGGACGUCCCCUUUGGCCGCGGCUACGUGCCCACUUGGGCGUUCGACCACAUCAAGUACUUCAAUGGCGGUUCCGAGAUUCAGCUCUCUCUCGACAAAUACACCGGGACUGGCUUCCAAUCAAAGGGCUCCUACUUGUUCGGCCACUUCAGCAUGCAAAUAAAGAUGGUGCCCGGCGAUUCGGCGGGCACGGUCACCGCGUUCUACUUGUCGUCUCAGAACUCAGAGCAUGACGAAAUAGACUUUGAGUUCUUGGGGAACAGAACUGGCCAACCAUACAUUUUGCAGACCAAUGUGUUCACUGGGGGGAAAGGAAACAAAGAGCAGAGGAUCUAUCUGUGGUUUGAUCCCACCAAGGACUAUCACUCCUACUCUGUGCUCUGGAACUUAUAUCAGAUUGUGUUUUUUGUGGAUGAUGUGCCCAUAAGAGUGUUCAAGAACAGCAAGGACCUUGGGGUGAAGUUCCCCUUCGACCAGCCGAUGAAGAUCUACUCGAGCCUGUGGAACGCCGAAGACUGGGCCACACGCGGCGGGAUCGAGAAGACAGACUGGGCCAAAGCCCCGUUCGUGGCUUCCUACAAGAGCUUCCACAUCGAUGGCUGCGAGGCCUCGGUCAAUGCCAAGUUCUGUGAGAGCCAGGGCAAACGAUGGUGGGACCAGAAGGAGUUCCAGGACCUCGACACCGCGCAGUUCCGGCGACUGCGGUGGGUCCGAGAGAAGUUCACCAUCUACAACUACUGUACUGAUAGAGUUAGGCUCCCCAGUGUGCCUCCGGAGUGCCAGAGGGACAGGGACAUAUGAAAUUCCUUCUUCUUUUGUUCAAUCUUGGAUGUGAUAGUUCUCUUUGGGAACUCACUAAUCAUCUUGCCAGAUUUAGCUUCACCCCUCGACGAUGGCGUUGCAGAUUUUUGUUAUCUCUAGUGUGUAAUAAUCAACUUGGUUGUUCGUCAGCGACGUUUUUUUUUAUCGAUUGUCUCGAUUGUUCA